AUGACUGAUGUGGUGAAACAUGAUAUACAUGUCUUUGACUCGAUACUUCCAAAGUUACCUGAAAGUUUACAACUUCUAUUAAAAGUUCUUCCUGUAUUAGAUGGUGUCACUGUUCAGUUACUUCAAUACUUCUGCGCUAACCCUUUCAAUACAACAUUAGCAAUUGUUUCAGAAGAUAUUUCCAAUCUUUACUAUGUCGAAACUCAGAUGUUUAACUCUCUCUUGACCGUAUUCAAGAGGUUAUUGUGCUACUAUAACAAAGAUCCAACAACAUUAAAAGUGUCACAUAUUUUGCCUGGAGUGUGGCAUGAUCAUCAUACCCCACCCUCAUUCAUUCAAUCACAUGAGAGGUACAUAUUAUCGGUUCUACGAAAGGUGAAUCUAUGUCUAUUUAUGUUGACGCUAUUAGGCAAACUGCCCUUUGGUAUAGAUUUUCUGGCUUACAAUUUCAUUGAAAUAUUCUGUUAUAAUGUUGAAAGUUCUAAAAUAGAAGAUCUUGUCAAUGCUGACCAAACUAGGUUAUUAUAUGGGAGACUGAAAAAACCACAAACAGUGAUCUACCUGGACCUGAUGACUCAAUAUUACAUCAGUAUGAUUUCUUCCAGUGUUGGUAAACACAGUCAAACUUCGGAUUUAUUGGAAAAAGUGUUUCCAGACACGAUUUUAGAAGAAUUUAGGAACAAGACGAUCAAGUAUAAUGGUUCAAUUUUGCAAAUAGAACUACAAUGUACUGAUUCUGAAUCAGAUUUCAAGCAACGUUGUGCUAGACGUAAGAUGGCUAUACUUGAAACAUUGGAUUUAGAAAGCUUAAAGCAAAAAUACGAUUGGGAGGAACGUUGUAAAGAAGUAUUCAAUUACGCAGUAAAGGAGGCAGAAGUUCUUUUAUAUGGUAAAAGAGGAAAGAGCACGCUUGAAUUAACAUCUUUUCCUGCUAAACAGAGGAUGGAUGAUACGUCAAAUGCUGUAACAAAUAACAAAACAGACAAACCACAUGUAGAGGUAUAUGUACUUUCGCGGAAGAAAGACUCAUUGCCAGAAAUAGGAAUAGCAUCAACAGCAGGCGCAAUUAAAGAAUCAAACACACUAAAUUCAUCAGAACUUGCAAAUAAAGCAUUCAAACCUAAACUAAAGCAAAAAAAAAUGUGGACAAAAGAAGAAGAAGAUUGUUUAAGAGAAGGUUUACUAAAUAAUGGCCCGGCAUGGUCAAAGAUAUUAUCCCUAUACGGUCCGGGAGGCACCAUUUCAGAGACUCUAAAAAAUAGAUCACAAGUUCAACUUAAGGAUAAGGCGAGAAACUGGAAAAUGUAUUACUUGAAAAACGCCAUGCCAAUUCCAACUUAUCUUGAAAAAGUCACUGGUGAUCUUGAACGAGGAAUGAAGGCAAACAAGAGAAGACCUAAAGCGGGAACUACCGUCAUUCAACGAGCUAAUGAGAAGACGAGAUAUGGCUCUAAGUCGCAUAUAGCAGAUGAUUCUUUGCAGCAAAAGUUACCAAAAUCAAGUUAG